AUGGUGGCAGGCCAGGUCUCACACCCGGCCUGUGCCCGGCCUGCGGGGCGGGUGCACGUGCCAGCAGCUAGCUUGGUGUUGAGGCCUGCAGCUUCCGUGCGGGACGACGGCACCAGCACCAGCGGGCGCCCGCCCGUGGAACACCUCCGACCUCCCAAGCGUGGCUCCUGGCGGCCCCUGGCCUACCUGCAGCCCUCCGAUCAGCUUGGAUCUUUGGAUCAGCCUGUGCCAUCUAGCAGCGGCUCUGCGCUGCUGCCACGCAGCUCUGAGCUCCCGACGGCAGCGUCGGCGGGCACGGCGCUCGCCGUGGCAGCGGCGGGCAGCCCACCCGGCUCGCUGCUGCCGGUGCAGGAGCAGGGCGGCGCCAGCCUGCUGCAGCUGAUGGCGGCCUGGGAUCAGCUGUCGGCGCGGCUGCCGCCACAAGCCAGCGAGGGGCGGUCGGCCGAGCUCAUCCUCACCGCGCUCAAGCUCGCACUAGCAUACUCGCCGCCGGCAGCCUCCUCCAGCAGCAGCAGGGGCCAGCAGGCGGCGCUGUCACGCCCCGUGGCUCGCGCCCUGUCUCUGGCCUCGCGCCUGGCUGACCUGGCGGCAGCGGGGCUGCCAAUCGACGCAGAGGGCAUCGCCGCCGGCAUCCUGGCGGAAGUGCUGGGGAGCGCGGCGCACUGGCAGCCGCACGCGGUCGGCGGGGCAUCCACGGCAGCGGCGGCAGCGGCGGCAGGCAGCGGCGGCCUGACGCUGCAGGUUGUGGAGGGGCGGGUGGGGCCCAUUGUCGCGCAGCUGGUGCACGACAUCCAGCGCGCCCGGCAGCUGCCCGCGCGCGUGGAGCUGCUCGACGACACAGCCGCCAGCGCGCUGCGUGAGCUGUGCCUGUCGUUCUACGACGUUCGAGCCACGGCCGUGGAGGUGGUGGCGCGCCUGGACGCGCUGGCCGCCUCCGACGGCCUGCCCAGCUACCAGCAGCAGGUGUGCGCGCUGGAGGCGCUGCAGAUGUAUGCGCCCAUGGGCCACGCGCUGGGCCUCACCGCGGUGGCAGCCCAGCUGGAGGACCGCUGCUUCCAGAUCCUGUUCCCUGAGAGCUACCUGCGCACCGCGGCGUGGCUGCGCGAGCAGGCCGCCGCCAACGCCGAGGUGCUGGCGCGGUGCCAGGCGGCGCUGGAGGCGGCGGUGGCCGCGCAGCCGCGCUUUGGCGAGCUGGCGGGGGGCCUGGUGGUGGCGGGACGCACCAAGAGCCUCUUCUCCACGCUCAAGAAGCUGCUGCGGCUGGGCAACACGGCGGCCGGGGGCCGGGCGCGGGCGCAGCUCUACGACUUGAUGGGCCUGCGGGUGGUGGUGCAGCCGCGCGCAGACCUGCCGCCGGAGGAGGCCGAGGCGCUGGCGGCGCAGGCCUGCUACCUCGUGCGCGACGCGGCGUUUGAGCUGUGGCAGCCCGUGGCGGGGCGGUGCAAGGACUACAUUGCGGCGCCCAAGUCAAACGGCUACCAGAGCCUGCACAGCACAGUCAGAGUGGCCUCUGAGACUGUCAGCCUGGGUGGCGGCGGCGGCGGCGAGGGCGCCAUCAGCGGCCACGCGACGCUGGAGCUCCAGAUUCGCACGCAGCUCAUGCACGACCGGGCGGAGCGCGGGGUGGCGGCGCAUGCGGCGUACAAGGGCGGCCUGGACGCCACCCAGGCGCUGCAGCUCAAGUCUGUGACCGACGCGGUGCUGCGCCGCACGGCGGCGGCGGCGGCGGCCGCCUCGCACGCCGUCGAGGUGGAGGCCGGCGGCGGCGGCGGCGGCGGCGGCACGGCGGUGAGCGGCAGCGAUGCGGCGGCGGAGGGGCUCUUCCGGCACCUGGACCAGAACAGCGACGGCCGCAUCAGCUUGGAGGAGCUCCAGUUUGCGCUGCAGGAGCUGGGGGUUCGCGAGGCGCAGGCGCAGAGCCGCGCCGCGGCCGAGCUGCUGCAGCUGGCGGCCGCCGACGGCGGCGAGGCCGGCGAUGGAACCAUCGGCUUCGAGGCCUUCAUGGCCUUUCAGCGCAGGGUGGGGCUGCUGCAGGCCCUGUCGGCGGUGGACCACGAGCAGGUACAUGUGCUGGAGCAGCAGCAGCAGCAGCAGCAGGAGCAGCAGCACGAGCAGCAGGCGGGAGCAGGCCCGGAUGGCGGCCUGAGCAGCUUCGACGGCGGGCUGAGCAGCAUGGGCGUCGCCGGCAGCCCCUGGGGCGGCAGCGGCGGCGCCGGCGGCAGCGGCCGCAGGCUGGCGGCGGGCACAUGCCGCGCGCGCGGCAGCGGCGGCGCGCUGGGCUGGCAGCCGCAGGGCGGGGGGCAGCUGGGCGGCAGCCGGCCUCGGGGCCGCCCGCGUGGCGCCCACCUGGCCGCCCGCGCCUUCCUCGAAACCAGCAGCGCCCGCAGCAGCAGCGACAGCAGCGUGGAUGAGGAGCGCGGCGGUGUCGGCGGCGGCAGCGGCGGCCGCAGCUGGGUCGGCAGAGGCUCCUACAACAACUUGGUGGCGCUGCAGGAUGGGCCCGGCAGCGGCGCGGGCGAGCGCGCAGGCAGGCGCAGCGCGCGGGCCGGCCCUCCCACGCGCGAGGCGAGCCCCGCACGCGCGGCGAGCCCCGCGCGCGAGGCGCCACCCGCGCCGCAGGCGCCAGCAGCAGCGGCAGCGGCCGCGCCGGCAGCGCAGGGCGAGCUGCUGCGCAAGCCAGACCGGUGGGCGGGCCCGGCGGCCGGCACGGGCGGCGAGACCGACGGCGCCGCCACCACCGGCGCUGCUGCCGGCGCGGGCGGCUGGGGCAAGUCUCGUGUGGUACAGGGCAUCAUGCGGCUGGUGGGCCAGGCGGGGCCGCCGCCCGCGGACGCCACCUGGCAGCUGGUGGCCUCGCCCUCGCUGCCGCACGCCGUGCUCAACGCCGCGGGCGGCGUGGUGCCCGCCACCGCCUGCGGCCGCCGCCAGGCGCUGCGCAUCCCCGACCUGGGACCCUGCGUCGUGGGCGCCGUGUUUGACCGCGACUGCGACUAUGUGGUGGAUGUGCCGACCGUGUCGGGGCGGCAUGUGCGGCUGGAGGUGGUGCGCCGCCCGGACGCGCGCGGCGGCCACUCCAAGCUGCUCCUUACAGACCUGGGCUCCACCAACGGCACGCGCAUCAACAGGGCCCCCAUCCAAGCGCACAGGGAGGUGACGCUGCACCCGGGGGACGUGGUGUGCCUGGCAGAAGGAGGCAUCUCGUUUGAGGUGCAGGUGCUGGCGCCCGCGCCUCCCUCGCCCGAUGUCGCCGCCAGCAACGGCGCGGCCGCCAGCGCGGCGGCCGUGGCGGUGCAGGCCGGCGGCGGCGGCGGCGCCGGCAUCGGCAGCCUGGGCGGGCUGGCCGGCGCGCACCGCGCGGCGGCCACGCUGCCCGCGGUCGUGGCGGCGCUGCGGCUGGCGGGCGCGCUGGAGGCGGCAGCGGCCGCGCAGGGCAGCUUCCCUCCAGGCGGCGCCGUGUAUGCCGACCUGCCCGACCGCGCGCGGCGGCUGAUGGCGGGCGGCAGCCACGAGGCGGCGCACGCGCUGCUGCUGGCGGGAGCCAUGCAGCAGCCGUGGGAGGGAGGCCUGUGGGCGCAGCUGGCCAACCUGGAGCGGCAGCGCGCGCGGCACGGCGGCCGCGGCGGCAGCUACGGCGUCGCGCGCGCCUUCUACGCCGCCGCCGCCGCCUGCUUUGGCGGCGUGACGGCGGCGGGCGCGGGCGGCGCGCUGCGUGCUGAGGCGGAGCGUUCAGAGGGCCUGUGCCGCGCCCUGGGCAGCUGGGCCCAGCUGGAGCUGUCCUUGGGGCAUGCCGGCUCCGCCCGCGCGCUGUUCCGCGGCGGCGUGGCGGCCGCCAAGCGGCACCCGGUGCCCGCCGCGGGCGCCGCCGCCGCCGCGCGCCUGCUCUUCACCUGGGCCCACAAGGAGUGGCGGGGCGGCGAGGCGGCGCAGGCGCAGCGGCUGUGCGGAGAGGCUCUAGAGGUGGAGCCGGGUAACGCCCACGCGCUGUGCCUGCUGGGCAGCAUCGAGGCGGCGGCGGGGCGCGCGGGCCUGGCGCGCCGCCUGUACGGCCGCGCCCUGGCGGCGCGCCCCGGCUUCGUCACGGCGCUGCAGUCCUGGGGCCGCCUGGAGGCCUCACUAGGCCACCUGUCCCGCGCGCGGCCGCUGUUCCAGCAGGCGCUGCGCCAGGAGCCGUCCAACACGCACGUGCUGCAGGCGUGGGGGGUGGCCGAGGCGCGGCACGGCGAUGCGGGGGAGGCGCGCCGCCUGCUGCGCCGCUGCACCGACGCCGACCCCGAGUGCCGGGCCGCCUGGCACGCAUGGGCGCGGCUGGAGGAGGAGGCGGGCGACGUGGGAGCCGCGCGGCAGCUGUACCGCACCGUGCUGCGCCUGCGCCCGGGGUCGGUGCCCGCGCUGAGCGCGCUGGGCCGCCUCGAGCGCCGCGCCGGCCAGAUGCAGGCGGCGCACCAGCUGCUGCAGGAGGCACUGGCGGCCGACCCGCACCACGCGCCGUCUGUGGCCGAGAUGGCGGCGCUGCUGGAGGCGCAGGGCAAGCCGGCGCAGGCGCAGAGGAUGAGCAAGCGGGUGCGGCGCCUGAACGCCAGCCGCCGCGCCGCGCUCAGGGAGGUGGCUCUGCAGAGGCUGCCUGCCGCGGUGCGGGGGCCUCCGCCGGGGCCGCCCUCGCCGGCGCCGCCCGCUUGA